AGCGGUCCGGGCGCGCCCAGGCCACCGCCUCCAGUCCGUUCCCCCGGCAACGCGCGGCCGUUCUCAGUAGCCGGGUCCAUGGACCAGGGGUCGGCCGCCGGGCCCCACCGGGCUCGCGGCCGCCUCGGCGCGCCGUCCUGCGGAGCGCGGGCUCCGGGGGCACCCUGGGCACGCUUCUCGGCCUGGCUGGAGUGCGUGUGUGUGGUCACCUUCGACCUGGAGCUGGGCCAGGCGCUGGAGCUGGUGUACCCCAGCGACUUCCAGCUCACGGACAAGGAGAAAAGCAGCAUCUGCUACCUGUCCUUUCCCGACUCCCACUCAGGCUGCCUCGGGGAUACUCAGUUCAGCUUCCGCAUUCGUCAGUGUGGAGGGCAGAGGCGCCCCUGGCACACGGAUGACAGGCACUGUGACAGUGGGGCCCCCGUGUCUCUGCAGAGGGAGCCGGCACACUACUUUGGCUACGUGUACUUCAGGCAGGUGAAGGACAGCUCCGUGAAGAGGGGCUACUUCCAGAAGGCCUGGGGUCCAGCCCUGCCCUGCUACACCUGGGGUUUUCUAAUAGCCUGGAGUCCUACGUCAGGCCAUUCCUGGGAAGUCGGUGGGACACCCUGCCCUGGGCGACCCUGGAUGAGCCGGGCCUCAGGGGUCCCCGCAGGGUCCCAAGGGGCUGGGGCGACAUCUCACCGGCCCCGGGCCCUGCAGUCUCUGGUGCUGGUGUCCCGCCUGCCCUUCGUCCGGCUGUUCCAGGCGCUGCUGAGCCUGGUCGCCCCAGAGUACUUCGACAAGCUGGCGCCCUGCCUGGAAGCGGUCUGCGAUGAGAUUGACCAGUGGCCGGCCCCUGUGCCGGGGCAGACCUUGAACCUGCCUGUCAUGGGCGUCGUCCUGCAGGUGCACAUCCCAUCCAGGGCAGACAAGCCUGAAUCCGGUCCUCCAAAGCAGUGCAGCCACGAGAACCUGCUACCAGCCCCGGUCGUCCUCACCAGUGUCCAUGAGCUGGACCUGUUCAGGUGCUUCCGGCCCGUGCUGGCCCACGUGCAGCUGCUGUGGGAGCUCAUGCUCCUCGGGGAGCCCCUGCUGGUCCUGGCGCCGUCGCCCGCCGUGUCCUCGGAGAUGGUGCUGGCCUUGACCAGCUGCCUGCAGCCCCUCAAGUUCUGCUGCGACUACCGCCCCUACUUCACCGUCCACGAUAGCGAGUUCAAGGAGUUCACGACGCGCACGCAGGCCCCACCAAGCGUGGUCCUGGGAGUCACAAACCCUUUCUUUAUCAAAACGCUCCAGCACUGGCCCCACGUCCUCCGCAUCGGGGAGCCCAAGAUGCCAGGGGACCUUCCCAAGCAGGUCAAACUGAAAAAGCCCUCAAGGCUGAAGACCCUGGACACCAAGCCAGGCCUCUACACUGCGUACACGACCUACCUCCACCGAGACAAGGCCCUGCUCAGACGACUGCUUAAGGUACCGCUGGGGGGCGCUCCGGGGGCGGGGAAGCUGGGCUCGGGUGUGAAGGGGGCGCAGCCGGCCUGCUGCGGCUCAGCCCUCGCCCCCCAGGGCCUGCAGAAGAAGCGGCCGUCGGACGUGCAGAGUGCAGUGCUGAGGCGGCACCUCCUGGAGCUCACGCAGAGCUUCCUCAGCCCUCUGGAGCACUACAUGGCCAGCCUCAUGCCCCUGCAGAAGAGCAUCACGCCCUGGAAGACCCCUCCCCAGAUCCACCCCUUCCACCAGGACGACUUCCUGCGCAGCCUGGAGCACUCGGGGCCCCAGCUCACCUGCCUCCUCAAGGGCGACCGGCUGGGCCUCUACAGGUGGGCGGACAGUAGGCGGUUUUUCAAGUCCCCCCAUUUUGAUGGCUGGUACCGACAGCGGCACAAAGAGAUGGCCCAGAAGCUGGAGGCCCUGCACCUCGAGGCCAUCUGUGAGGCGGUGAGGGGGGCGCUUGGCUGCAGGAGAGCGCAGAGGGAACAUCGAGAUCUGGAUGAAGGACAAGUCCGAGGUGGAGGUCGUGGAUCUGGUCCUGAAACUUCGGGAGAGGCUGGUUCGGGCACAGGGCCACCAGCUCCCCGUGAAGGAGGCGACGCUGAAGCGGGCGCGGCUGUACAUCGAGACAGUCAUCGGCUCCCUGCCCAAGGACCUGCAGGUCGUCCUGUGCCCUCCCUAGGAUGGGGCCCAUGGCCCAGGGCCAGGGUCUGGCCGAGCUCCCCUCCCCCCAGUCAAGCACGAGCUCCCCCACCCAAGCUCCCGGCUGCCCCUGGCCCUGGACCCCCACCUGGCACCACCAUCAUCCCAGCAGACAAGGUGGCAUUUGGAACUACAGCCUGGCCCCUGACUGUUGGCGGAUCACGUGCUGGCAGCGCCUCCCCUCCCCCUGGGCCCCACCUGCCCUCUCCAGGGUCUUAGGCAGGGGUGGGGGGCAGGCUGUGAGCCCUGCUGAUCUGAUCUGGGCCAAGGCCACGCACCCCUCCAGGAGCCCAUCUGCCCGAGCCCUGCAGGCCCAGGCGUUGCAUCUGAUGCGUCCUUUAGACCCACCAGGCUGCCCAGCUCAGGACGGAAGGAGGCGGCUGACAGGCAGACCGCUCUCCUCACACAGCCCGCCCCCGGCCGGUCUUGCCUGGGGGCUGAGGGGGGACCUCGCCUGCGGUCGGUCGGCGCUUGGGAGGGGAGAAGCCACUUUGCCCGGAGAAGAGCUAUGCCCUGUGGUUCGCUGGGAUGCCGCCAGGACCCGCAUGGCUGCCAGGCGGGUCCAGGGCAUUGUCUUUGUUCCACUCCAGGGACACCCCACUGGGCACCUUCUCCGUUCGCUCUGCCCUGCGCCGCUGCUCGGCUGGCAGGCCCUCGGGUCGCCCCCGUGUCCAUGCAGCCCCACAGGCAGCGAGGGGCUUGGACUCUAGCCUGACCAGGCCCCUGCAGCCAGAGCCCUUCACAGCCACCGCGGCCUUGGGGCACCAAGCUCCUCGGCAAGGAGCGAAAGUCCCUCGGAAGGGAUCCACGCCCCCACGUGACACCUUGGAGCGCUGGGCCAAGCGAUCACCGGUGUUGCCAUCAGCACCAUCAGAGCUCAGCACAGAGUGGCAGCACUGCCAGCUGGCGGAGGGGGGUGGGGGUGGCGGGGCAGGGGGUGAGGCGUGGGCCCAGAGCCGCAGGCCUUUGGGUCAGUCCCACCGUAUCCAACCCCAGACGCCUCACCUGAGGCACAAGGCCUCGUAGACGCCCGCGUGGGCCUCGGCGGCAACCUGAGCUGAGUCCUGGCUGCGCGAGGUGGUGCGGGAGGCAGGCCGAGCGGGGGGCUUUCCCUUCUCUCCUGAAUCCCCACAGUCCGUGUCCCGGGAUGGAGCACUGACGCAGCCACUCCUCCCAAGCGGGCUUCGGUGGGGCCGCCAGACGACAGCAGGCGCUGGCCUCAGAACUGCCAGUGUCGACUUGUCCGGCCCUGACCACUGCCUAGGACAGCCCGGCGCGUCCCCAGCCCGCAGACAGCUGAGCUCGGCCUGGUGUGUGACUGCAGUCAGGGGACGGAAUCGAGGCAGCACAGGGAGAGACAAGCUGGAGGCCCUCAAGUGAGGAAGGACGUUGUGGCCCCAGUGCCGCUUUGGACAGCCUGCCCUGCUGUCUGGCCUGGAGGGGUGGCCCACGGGCCGUGAGGGGUGUGCCCCAGCGCAUUGCACGGUCCCCUCCCUUGGCUUUCUGAGGGUGGCUGCAGGUGAUGGAGGGCUGCAGGGGAGGGGCUGCAAGGGGGCCUCCGCAAAGCCCUCAGGGACUUUUGCCUCCAUCAGCCCAGGAAGGCACAACCAGAUUCCCCUGAAUCCCUGCAUCCUCCCUCGAGGACUCUGCUUGAGUCCACGCAGCAGCCCCUCACAGCGGCUUGUCCUCAGGAACACUGGUGCAGGGGGAUGUCGGGGGGAGGGACGCCUGGCAGGGUGGGCAACACUGCCCAGGGUGGAAUCCAAAGCUGAAGGGUAGAGGUGGGAGGAGGUCCCUCCCCUGGGGUGCCUGGGGCUGUGGAGGGGCCUCCUCCUCACAGCCUGACCCCCCUGCCCAGACGAGGCCUCUGAGUACAGCGUAGCCUGCGGGUGCGGGCCGGGGGUGGAGUCCUGCUAACUCCAUCGUCUCCCCCAUAAGCCCCCGGGUUCCCUCUCAGGAUCAGGUCAGCUCCGGCUGGGCUGAGCCUCUGUCCCCCCACCAGGCUGGGGACAGGCAGUGAGGAGGGAGGGAGGGGCAGGAGGGUCAAAAGAGGCAGACCCCCCACCUACCAGAGCCCCGUGGACAGAGGGCCUGGGCGGGCAGGAACCAGUGGUCCAAGAGGGCGCUGUGGUCGGCGGCCAGUGUGUGAAGCCGCCUGCUUUUGGGGGUUGUGUGUGGGCCUGGUGUGGUGGCCGGGAUGGGGGUGGGAGGGCAGUGGGCUGACCCAGGGACAGGAAGGACGGUCUUCACCCCCAAGCUUCCUGCACUCUAUUUAAAGACUCCGCUUUAGUCUGGGAUGGUGGACUUCCCACAUCUUUGCUAUUAAAAUGUCCUGUGACACAA